CGACGCUGGGAAGGCCAUUUCCGGCGUCUCCUUUCCCCCACCAGCCUGCGGCUGCGGCGGCGAUGAGGCAGAAGCACUACCUGGAGGCCGCGGCGCGGAAGCUGCUCUAUUCCUGCCCGGGCCAGGCUCGCUAUCUGCUCUGGGCCUACGGUUCGUCCCACGAUGAUAAGAGCAAUUUUGAAGAAACAUGUCCAUACUGUUUCCAGCUGUUGGUUCUGGAUAAUUCUCGAGUGCGCCUCAAACCCAAGGCCAAAUUGACACCUAAAAUACAGAAACUUCUUAAUCGAGAAGCAAGAAAUUUUACACUCAGUUUUAAAGAAGCAAAAAUUUUGAAAAAAUACAGAGACUCCAAGAGUGUAUUGUUGGUUACUUGUAAAACAUGCAACAGAGCAGUUCAGCAUCCCGGUAAAAGUAGAAGCUUCCUGUCAGCACUGAAGAGCAGCCCCAGCACUCCACUGAGUAAGCUCAGCCGGGAGAUAACAGAGAGAAGGACUCCAAAUGCAGUAAACCUUACUCUGUCUGCGUCCAGAGGCAAGAGCCCGGCACUGACUUUCAGAACACCCACAUCUGGACAGUCAACACCUAUUUGCUCCCCAAAGAGUGUGAGCAGAACAAAAAAACACUUCUCUCAACUGAAGAUGUUGCUUAGCAAGAGUGAAUCCCAAGAGAACCCAAAGAUGGACUUCAGAAAUUUCUUGUCUUCUCUUUGAAGGCUGUUGUAAAAAUAUGUCUACACUAAAGUUAAUUUUGAAAAAAACUUUUUUUUACUGUUACUUAUUCUUUGAAUACAUGCUAAAGAAGAACCAACUAUUCUUGGUAUCCUAAGUUUGCAGAGAAAAUACCUCAUUAGAAUGAAUAACUAAAACUUGCUUAGUCACAGGAUGGCUUUAAAGGUCAAAGCACAUUGUACACAAAAGGUGGUCAACACUGUGCAUUGACAGACACCUAGUGGUGGUGUCAUGUCAUUUUCUUUCAAAGGGAAAUUGAGACCUUCGUGAGAGAAUCUCUUCACUCAUGAAGGUUUUUUCCUCAUCGCCAACUCAGAAGAAGGAUCAAGUAUGUACUGUUAUUUUCUGUCACUUGCAUAUAACUAUAUUAGUAAAAUUUGAACAUUACUCUUAUUUUGAAUGCAAAAGAGGACAUUCUUGAUUACAGGUGGCUUGAUAAGAACUGAAAUUUCCAUUUGCACAACUAUUAUUCAUACA